AUGGCCUCCCACACAUGGCGUCUCCUUACCAAUAGGGACUCGCUCUGGGUUAAAUGGAUCCACUCCUACAGGCAGAAAGAUCGUAACUUCUGGGAUGCCCCGAUACGCAGUGAUGUGGGUUGGGGCUGUAGGAAGAUCCUUGGGAUGAGGGAAAAGAUUAGAGACUUCAUUGUCUCCCAGAUUGGUGAUGGCGCGUCCACGUCUGCCUGGUAUGAUAACUGGCAUCCGGCUGGCCCUCUCUACCGGCUUAUCUCCCCCCGUAAUAUUCUCAAUUCCAAUCUUUCUCUCUCUGCUUCUGUCAGAGAUAUUGUGUCCCAGGGCAAUUGGACGUCUCCUCUCCUGAGGGACAAUUCAAACCCUUCUMUYCGUGUCUCUCCCCUCCCCGUUCUUUCUUCGACCACCCCUGAUAAGCUCCUCUGGAGAACUCGGGAUGGCCGUCUUACUUCUUUCUCUGUCCGUGAGGUAUGGCUCUCCCUUCGUCCAAAUGAGCCUGAUGUCUCCUGGCAUCAUAUGGUCUGGUUCUCCCAAAGCAUCCCUAGACAUGCCUUCAUUCUGUGGGUUGCUCUCAAGCAGCGUCUCAAGACGCACGAUAAACUCCGGUUCUGGGAGGCCCAUGCUGACCUGUCAUGUGCUUUCUGUCAGAACGGGCCUGAUUCGCAUUCGCAUCUUUUCUUUGAGUGCCCGUUCCCUAAUAUGGUCUGGAAUGGCUUAAAAGCCAAGCUGAACCUCAACGGUAUCCCGGAUAUCUGGGCUGAUAUUAUCGGUUUGUUUCAGCAAGUCACCAAAUGA